GAAAUAUUUUUCUGUUUAAAGUUUUUUUCUUUAUAUUUUUAUCUCCUCUUCACUUGAAUUUGACCACAUUCAAUGAACGAGAGGACUUUGGUUUAAAGGAGCAUAACAGGGUUAUUGCUUCCAUGAGGAUGGACUGAAGGUACUGAUAAGGUCUCCUCAUGUUUCUUAAUCACAAGUUGGAUUAGUUUGUUAAGUCUGGCAUGGUUGCUGGCCAUAGUUUGCUUGAAAAAAGGUGUGCUAUUCUGAGCAAUCCAAAACAGAUGGUACCUUCUCUGUUAGAAACUGGGGCGCGCCUCUUUGUCACUAGAUUUCUUGGAAAAUAUAUCUCUACUGGCUGUUUAAUCUUAUUGGAGGAAGGAGGCACAAUUUUUACCUUUCAGGGUACUGUUAAAAAGUAUUUCCCUAAAUCUAUUCUGAAAGUUCACAAUCCCCAGUUUUAUUGGAAGAUAAUGACACAGGCUGAUUUAGGCCUAGCAAAUGCAUAUAUCAGUGGUGAUAUUUCAUUUCCCGACAAAGAUGAAGGUCUUCUAAACCUUUUCAUGGUUCUCAUUGCCAAUAGAGAUGCUAAUAUAUCUGUAUCAGAACGCAACAAGAAAAAGGGUUGGUGGACACCAAUGUUUCUCACAGCUAGUAUUGCAUCUGCAAAAUUUUUCUUUCGGCAUGUUUCAAGGAAAAAUUCUCUUACUCAGGCCCGCAGGAAUAUCUCUCGUCAUUAUGACCUGAGUAAUGAGAUGUUUUCUAUGUUCUUGGAUGAAACAAUGACAUAUUCCUGUGCAGUAUUUAAGACGGAAGAUGAAGACUUGAAAUCUGCACAGAUGAGAAAAAUUUCACUUCUGAUUGAAAAAGCAAGAAUCAAUAAGGAACAUGAAGUUCUUGAGAUUGGUUGUGGUUGGGGAACAUUAGCUAUCGAGGUUGUCAAACGAACUGGAUGUAAAUAUACUGGUAUCACUCUAUCGGAGGAGCAACUAAAAUUUGCAGAAGAAAGAGUGAAGCAAGCUGGUCUCCAGGAAAAUAUCAGAUUUCAACUUUGUGACUAUCGCCAAUUGCCUGAUACCUACAAAUGUGACAGAAUCAUAUCAUGUGAAAUGCUAGAAGCUGUUGGACAUGAAUACAUGGAGGAGUAUUUUGGCUGCUGUGAAUCAGUAUUAGCAGAUGAUGGUCUUAUUGUUCUACAGUUCACAUCAAUACCAGAAGAACGGUACGAGGAGUACAGGCGAAGUUCAGACGUUAUCAAGGAGUAUAUAUUCCCAGGUACAUGUGUGCCAUCAUUAACAAGAAUAACAAUAGCCAUGGCUGCUUCAACAAGACUCUGUGUGGAGCAUGUAGAGAAUAUUGGAAUGCAUUACUAUCAAACACUCAGACUGUGGAGAAAGAAUUUCUUGGAGAGCAAGAGCAAAAUUACGGCUCUGGGAUUCAAUGAAAAGUUCAUCAGAACAUGGGAGUAUUAUUUUGAUUAUUGUGCAGCUGGGUUCAAGACACUCACACUUGGAAACUAUCAGGUUGUUCUGUCGAGGCCUGGCAAUGUUGCUGCACUGGGCAAUCCAUACAACGAAUUUCCUGCAGCCUGAUGAUCCUAUUAUACCCACAAUGGGAUAUUGACUAUUAUUCCAUUGAAGGCAGCACAUGAUGUUUAGUUUCGUUAAAUAUGGGCUAAUUAUUUUAGUGUAACAAAACUAAAUUCGUAGUACAAGAUUUCUCCUUUUGAAAUUGAAUUUUCGGAACCCAAUAAUGAUGACAAGACAUACGAGAAGAUAAAGUAUACUUUCUUUCUAUUUAUUUUUUUGAAAUAUACACUUUCGUUCUACUUCAACAAAA